AUGUCUCUGGCACGCGGCAUCCAAUCGGCUAUCUUCUAUUACCUCUCCUGCAAGCCCUACUUUGAUGCGCGGCACCGGCGCAAGGCGAAGAAGCAAGCGGCAGCGGACCGCGAGCAGAACGAGAUACUUUACAAACAGAUGCCACACCUUUACAGGCACCCCGAGCCUAACACGACCAAUCCAGCCUGGCAAGUCGAGAUCGAGAUGGGUCCCACGCCGAGCAUGGGCAAGGGAAAGCGGAAACAGCCAAGCAGUGAGGCCAAGAGCCGUGGCGGAGCUUCUGUGAAUGCGAGUCAGGCGGUUUCAGCGGUCAGCUUGCCGGUCUUAUUGGAACAGGGAGAGCACGAGGUAGUGCAGCCACCGCCGAAAGCAAAGCUGGCAAGCAGGAAGCGCGAUUUUGAGCCCACGAGUAACCCGGCGAUUAAUGACCUGCAUCCACCUACUGUGCGGAAAGUGCGGACGAGGGAUGAGCUCGCAUGGAUGUUCGAGCCACCGCCGCCAAUGAAUAAGGGGUGA